UCCGUCGACGUGGACGCUGCAACAGGCAGUCAGUUUUCGUUUUGGCUACGUGGAAGUAGCAUUUUCGGUCCGAGGCUGAGAGCAUCUUAAGCCCUCAUCCUUCUGCUGCACUCCUUCAAAAUGAUUAAAAAAUUUGACAAGAAAGACGAGGAGUCUGGAAGUGGGUCAAACCCUUUCCAGCACCUGGAGAAAAGUGCUGUGUUGCAAGAGGCACGUAUCUUCAAUGAGACCCCCAUCAACCCCAGAAGAUGCCUUCACAUUCUCACCAAGAUUAUCUACCUCCUCAACCAGGGGGAGCAUUUUGGGACCACAGAGGCCACGGAGGCUUUCUUUGCAAUGACCAGGCUCUUUCAGUCCAAUGAUCAAACCCUGAGGAGGAUGUGCUACCUGACUAUCAAAGAGAUGGCUAACAUCUCUGAGGAUGUCAUCAUUGUCACUAGCAGCUUGACCAAAGACAUGACUGGGAAGGAGGAUGUUUACAGAGGACCUGCCAUCAGAGCCCUGUGCAGGAUUACAGAUACCACCAUGCUGCAGGCCAUUGAGAGAUACAUGAAGCAGGCGAUUGUUGACAAGGUGCCCAGUGUGUCCAGUUCAGCUCUGGUCUCCUCACUGCACAUGGUGAAGAUGAGCUACGAUGUGGUGAAGCGUUGGGUGAAUGAAGCUCAGGAGGCUGCGUCCAGUGACAACAUCAUGGUCCAGUACCACGCCCUCGGCCUGUUGUAUCACCUCAGGAAAAAUGACCGGCUUGCCGUAACUAAGAUGCUCAACAAGUUCACCAAGUCUGGUCUCAAGUCUCCCUUCGCCUACUGCAUGCUGAUCCGGAUCGCCAGCAAACUGCUGGAUGAGACUGAGGGAGGUCAUGACAGCCCCUUGUUUGACUUCAUCGAGAGCUGCCUGAGGAACAAGAAUGAGAUGGUGGUGUACGAGGCUGCUUCUGCUAUUGUCCAUAUGCCCAACUGUACUGCCAGGGAGCUGGCCCCCGCUGUGUCAGUGCUGCAGCUGUUCUGCAGCUCUCCUAAAGCAGCCUUGAGAUACGCUGCAGUCAGGACCCUCAAUAAGGUGGCCAUGAAGCAUCCUUCAGCCGUGACUGCCUGCAACUUGGACCUGGAGAACCUGAUCACCGAUUCCAACCGCAGCAUCGCUACACUGGCCAUCACCACUCUGCUGAAGACCGGCAGUGAGAGCAGCGUGGAUCGACUCAUGAAACAGAUCUCCUCUUUUGUCUCUGAGAUCUCGGACGAGUUCAAGGUGGUGGUGGUGCAGGCCAUCAGCGCUCUGUGUCAGAAGUAUCCCAGGAAGCACAGCGUCAUGAUGAACUUCCUGUCCAACAUGCUCAGAGAUGAUGGUGGUUUUGAGUACAAGCGGGCCAUCGUGGACUGCAUUAUCAGCAUCAUUGAGGAGAACCCCGAGAGCAAAGAGACCGGCUUGGCUCACCUGUGCGAGUUCAUCGAGGACUGCGAACACACGGUUCUCGCCACUAAGAUCCUGCACCUGCUGGGCAAAGAGGGUCCACGCACCCCACAGCCCUCCAAGUACAUCCGCUUCAUUUUCAACCGAGUGGUGCUGGAAAGCGAGGCUGUUCGUGCAGCUGCUGUCAGUGCUUUGGCUAAAUUCGGAGCUCAGAAUGAUGAUCUGCUGCCGAGUGUCCUGGUUCUAAUGCAGAGGUGUAUGAUGGACAGCGAUGAUGAGGUACGUGACAGAGCGACUUUCUACAUGAACGUGCUGCAGCAGAAGCAGAAGGCUCUGAAUGCUGCCUACAUCUUCAACGGACUGUCCGUUUCCAUUCCCGGUCUGGAAAAGUCCCUCCACCAGUACACGUUGGAGCCCUCAGAGAAACCUUUUGACAUGAAGAGCGUACCUCUGGCAACCACUCCCAUCACAGAGCCCAAAACCGAAAUCGCCCCCGUUGCUACCAGCAAACUGCCAGAGAAGUUGGCCCGAUCACGCCAGGACAUUUAUCAGGAACAACUAGCGGCCAUCCCAGAGUUCCAGAGUCUCGGCCCGCUCUUCAAGUCUUCUGAACCGGUGCAGCUGACGGAGGCCGAGACGGAAUAUGUCGUUCGCUGCGUCAAACACACCUUCGCCAGACACAUGGUGUUCCAGUUCGACUGCACGAACACGCUGAACGACCAGCUGCUGCAGAAGGUGGUGGUACAGAUGGAGCCAUCAGAGGCAUACGAGGUGAUACACUACAUCCCCGCCCCCAGCCUCCCCUACAGUCAGCCUGGUUCCUGCUACAGCUUGGUCCGCCUGCCUGACGACGACCCCACCGCUGUGUCUUGUACAUUCAGCUGCACAAUGAAGUAUCUCGUGAGAGACUGUGACCCCAACACAGGAGAGCCUGACGAUGACGGCUAUGACGAUGAAUAUGUGUUGGAGGAUCUGGAGGUGACAGUAGCAGACCACAUCCAGAAGAUUUUGAAACCAAACUUUGGAGCAGCGUGGGAUGAAGUAGGAGAUGAGUUUGAAAAGGAAGAGACCUUUGCCCUGGCAUCUGUCCGAACUCUAGACGAGGCGGUGGGUAACAUCAUCAGCUUCCUGGGAAUGCAGCCAUGUGAACGCUCCGAUAAAGUUCCCGAAAACAAGAACUCGCACGUCCUCUUCCUUGCUGGUGUGUUUCGUGGAGGUCACGACGUUCUGGUUCGUGCUCGCCUGGCGCUGGCUGACGGCGUCACCAUGCAGGUGACGGUUCGCAGCAGUGAAGAGACGGUUGUUGACGUCAUCCUCGCCUCCGUGGGCUAAACUUUUCAUCCUACAGCUUUGUGCCAACCACAGCUUUCAUUUCUGCACAACAAACUGAAGCUUCGAAGAUUAAACAUAUACUGCUACUGCGGUUAUUACGUUGACGACAACAAAUGUUUCAUUACUUCUAGACUGUAAACUAAAAAUGAUUUCUUCUCUGUCUUUAUAUUGUCCGCAGACCUCAUGUUUCUUUGAAAAAUUCUGUCAAAUCUACAAUAAAUUCUGACUGUCAAAGAACUUA